AUGCCGCCCUUGCUUCCAGGGCUUGGAAACCCUGAAGGUGGUCUGAGGAAGAAGAAGAGAGUGAGGAGUUUCUUUUGGAAGACGAUACCUGAGGAUCAGGUGAAGGGGCGGGCCAACCUUUGGACUCAGGAUCAGGUGCAGCAGCAGUUCCAGAUCGACGUCCAGACCAUCGAGGAGCUCUUUGGUCAGAAUGACUCACAAUCAAACGCCAAGGCCGCGCUCGCCAGGGGAGGAAAGAGCAGGAGCUCGUUUCAGAGAGGCCAAAGAGGAG